GACCCCAAGUCGACAAAAAUUCUACCCACACCUAACAUGCAUAUUUUGUCGGGGUAUAACAAUAGCUAUAUCUCACGGUUCGGUUUUAUCAUAGUAUUAAUCUCAUGGUAUGGUAAUUAUUGGGAUAUUGCGGGAAAGCUCACGGUAUUGCAGGAACGAUCACGCUACAGGUGGGGCAAAGAGGCAAAUGCAGGAGAACCGAAAAACCUCUCUUGUUCUCACUCUUCUUCUUCUUCUUCUUGACUCUUGGAGGGUCCUUCUCAAUAGGUUUUAGUAUUUUCCGUCUGUUUUCUCCACAGGUUUUUGUGAAAGAGAGCUUUAAAUCAUCUAUUACCGUGCACUUUUAUCCCUGUCCAUCCAAUGUUUACAUUCAUAUACUCCAAAACAGUAUUAUUGCUGCAGCAAUAAUAUAUGCUCACAAUAACAAAACUGUCCAUUGAGAAAUUUUCUGUUCAAUAAUUGAACAGUAUUUACUGUCUUGUCAUAUUUUUGUAUUUAUAAUAUUAGAAAUCGAAUACGGCCUACUAACAGUGCUUUAUUUGCUUGAGUCCCAAAAUUCAGGGGAGCUGUGGUGGUGGCCCGCGGAGUGGGGCUGCGGGAUGCGGCUUCGCGAAGUGGUUGUCCACUAGCGGCCGAUGCCAGCGUUUACCGGCACGGAGGCCGGCGCGAACAACGAGGCACCUCUCGCCCAAUCGAUUGCGACACGAUGCUCAGACCGGCAUAGCGGCUGCGCUGUAGCUUUGGGAACUCUGAGAUGUUUCUGCAUCCCUCCCUACACAGCCUUUUGGUCAUGUAGGCCACUCAGCCAAUCAAAUCAUCCGGAUGUUUGGCGUUUGUCAUCCAGCGUCAUGACUUCACACGGGAGCGCAGUGGCCAGCGACUCUGUGUGCAUGCCGAAGUUGGAGCCUCUGCUGGGCAUCAUGGCGACGACCGUCAACCCCGUGACGGCGGCCGUCGGCCCGGUAGUCCUGCCCCCGCGCCCGCACCCGACGCUGCCACCCGCCCCCUCGCCUGACACGCCGCUGCCAGCCGUCAAGGAGAUCAUCCGCCACAACGGGUGCAUGCUCUUCCCGCAGAACCCCAACCUUUCCCCCCCAUCCACCCGGGCACGCCCCCCCGGCUGCAAGACGGUGUUUGUCGGCGGUCUUCCGGAGAACACCAGCGAAGACAUCAUCAGGGAAGUCUUCAGCCCCUGCGGUGACAUCAUCGCAUUGCGCAAGAGCAAGAAGAACUUCUGCCACGUUCGCUUCAGCGAGGAGUUCAUGGUGGACAAGGCUCUCUAUCUAUCAGGCUACCGCCUUCGUAUCGGCUCAAGUAUGGACAAGAAAGACUCAGCCAAGAUCCACGUGGAUUUUGCUCAGGCUCGAGAUGACUUGUAUGAGUGGGAGUGCAAACAGAGACUACUAGAACGAGAAAACCGACUUCAACACCAGGACCAGCGGGACUACCACAUGCAUGAGGAACAAGCACCGCCCUCCCUGACACCGGCGUCCCUGCCACCCACACCACACCCACAUUUCUCGGAGCACGAGGCAGCCGUGUUGGCCGAGGGCCUAAAAGACAGGAAGCAGUUCAGCUGGGCUGCGUCCGUGCUUUUGUUGUGGCUGGACGGCGGUGAGGUGAACCGCUCGAGUGCCAACAAGAUGUACGCGUUGAUAGAGAGCGCCAAUGUGCACGCCACACAACUGCGCAGGGAUGCCACGCAGCAACGGCGGGCGCUGCGCAGAGCACAAGACGCCUUCAACAGCGCACUCACCGGCAUACUCAUGCAGUUGGAUCAGAUCUCAUCUGUGUUGGUGGCGUCGGGCCGACAAAAGUCUCGGGACCAUUUCUCCAAAGCUCAGCGCAAGAACAUUGACAUGUGGACCAGGCAGUGCCAGGUUCACAGCGACGAGGUGUCGGGCCUCAGACGUCAGGAUGAUGAAGACGACCAGGAUGAGGACGAAGAUGAGGACGAUGAUGAUGAAGGUCCUUGCAACAAGAAGAUGAAGAUGGUGAAAAUGAAGAUUUGCGGUGAAGAAGAGGGCGCACCGUGUCCCGCUGCCGCCACGUUGGAGCACCACUUCCUGAGAUGGCAAAUGGAUGCUUACGAGAAGCAGGCGCAGCUUCUGGCGGGGAAGGCGUCAGGCCAAGAUGGCGACCAUCACGUACUCGCGGUGGCCGGGUGGCAGUGGCCGGACGCUUCUGUGCAGCUGCUGAACCAGCGUGUGCUACAAAUGCAACAGCAAGUGUUGCGGCUGCAGGACGAGUUGUCCGGCAAGGAGGGGGAGUUACAGCAGGCCCGCGAAGACAGUCAUUUCCUGGAACGGGAGCUGCUGUCAUUACAACACAAACUUGUGAAGAAUAGCGUGGAGGGAAGUGUUUUGGAACUCCGGGAAAAGGUGAACGGGUUUUUGUCGCCAUCGUUCGUGAACCGAGAGAGGAGACGAAGCGAGGGCGGCGGUGCCGGCGGCGGGCUGGUGUCUGAGAAGGAGGCUCUGCUUCUGGGCGUGAUGUCGGCUUUCCUGCAAGUUCAUCCGUUUGGAGCCAACCUGGAAUACUUGGGGUCAUAUGUGCAGAGACUGGACUCCCAAGUGUCGUCGGGGCAACUGGAGCGCCUCAUGGUCCGUCUGCCCCUCAUGUUCCGCCAGGAGCUGAGCGGCGUCGGCGCUACGCUGGAGAAGCGCUGGAAGUUCUGCGGGUUCGAAAGCCUCCAGUCCGCAUGACCCGGGACCUCUGCGCGCGUCUGCAUGCGCGCGCGCGUGGGUGGGACGACAAUGCUAGCCUGCUAACGAUAUAACGACGUUUUGCGUCAACCGCCGUCCGCGAUGUUGAGGUGCGUUGAGGAUGUUUAUUAAAGUGUUAAUGAGUGUC